AAGCGCCGGUUUUGCGACUUAGCGGAGUCGCGCGGCAUGGCGGGCGGCGCCCGGGAGGUGCUCACGUUGCAGUUGGGACAUUUUGCGGGUUUCGUGGGAGCGCACUGGUGGAACCAGCAGGAUGCUGCGCUUCACGAACGGACUGAUACCAAGGAGCCGCCAGGGGAGCUGUGCCCCGACGUCCUGUACCGGACCGGCCGAACGCUGCACGGCCAGGAGACGUACACGCCAAGACUCAUCCUCAUGGAUCUAAAGGGUAGUCUGAGCUCCCUAAAACAAGAAAGUGGACUCUACAGGGACAAACAGCUAGACACUGCAAUAGCAUGGCAGGGGAAGCUCACCACGCACAAAGAGGAACUCCAUCCCAAGAAUCCUUAUCUCCAGGAUCUCCUGAGUGUAGAGGGAGUGCUGAGUAGUGAUGGUAUCUGGAGAGUCAAGUCCAUUUCCAGUGGCAAAGGUCCCACACCACUCACCACUGCUGCAACUCCAGAGCCACUUAUCCCCACAGAGGGCAGCAUCCGAGUCUGGUCAGACUUCCUCAGAGUGCAUCUCCAUCCCCGGAGCAUCUGUAUGAUUCAGAAGUACAACCAUGAUGGUGAAGCAGGCCGCCUGGAGGCUUUUGGCCAAGGGGAGAGUGUCCUGAAGGAACCCAGGUACCUAGAAGAGCUGGAGGACAGGCUGCACUUCUACGUGGAGGAAUGUGAUUACCUACAGGGCUUCCAGAUCCUGUGUGACCUGCAUGAUGGCUUCUCUGGUGUAGGUGCUAAGGCCGCAGAGUUGCUACAUGAUGAGUAUUCAGGGCGAGGAAUAAUAACCUGGGGCCUGCUCCCUGGUCCCUACACUCUUGGGGAGCCCCAGAAAAACAUCUAUCGUCUGUUAAACACAGCUUUUGGUCUGGUGCACCUGUCUGCUCACAGCUCUCUAGUCUGCCCCUUAUCCUUGGGUGGGAGCCUGGGGCUGAGACCUGAGCCACCCGUCAACUUCCCUCACCUGCGUUAUGAUGCAACUCUGCCCUUCCACUGCAGUGCCAUCCUGGCUACAGCCCUGGACACAAUCACUGUUCCUUACCGCCUGUAUUCCUCACCAGUUUCCAUGGUUCAUCUAGCUGAUAUGUUGAAUUUUUCUGGGAAAAAGGUGGUGACAGCAGGAGCAUCCAUCCCCUUCCCUUUGGGUCCAAGCCAGUCCCUUCCCGAUACCCUGAUGCAGCUCGGAGGGGCCACCCCUUGGACUCCACUGUCUGCAUGUGGGGACCCUUCUGGAACCCACUGCUUUGCCCAGUCAGUGGUGCUGAGGGGUCUAGACAAAGCAUGCCACACCAGUAAGCUCACCCCAGGUACACCUCUGCCUUCCCUACUCCAUGCUUGCACCACUGGGGAAGAAGUCUUGGCCCAGUAUUUACAGCAGCAGCAGCCUAGAGCCAGGAGUUCUUCUCAUCUGCUGCUGACUCCCUACAAGGUGGUUCCUCCUUAUCCCUGCCUCUUCUCAAGCCUCAGCCAGCAGGGCUUGGUUCUGGAUAACCCCCCAACAGGGGCAGGUAUAACAAUCCGUCUACAGGUCUCUCUCUCUCCCUCUGGCAGGGGAGAGCAUCCCAGUGCUGGGGGCCCUCUGCUCCUCUUCAUCCCUGAACCGGACCCUGGGAGACUUGGCCAAGGAACUCACCAAACUCAACCUGCGGCGCUGGGCCAGCUUCAUGGAUGCUGGAGUGGAACAGGAUGACCUAGGGGAGCUGCUGCAGGAGCUACGCAGUCUGGCCCAGUGCUACCAGCACGGUGACAGCCUUAUGGACUAAAGUUCCAAGAAAAGGAAAGAACUAGUUUACAAUAAAAAGUGCUGGAUGCAGGA